AUGGAUUCAUGGGAUCAGUUCGCAGACAACCUUGCAACUGACUUGGCACCUUUUAUAUCCCUAUUCGGUGAACGUCUGACCAAGCAAUUUCUUUCCGAGUCUGUGAGCCUCCUAGACAACUUCAUAUUCUCCCUCGCCCCGCUGGGAAUCCUGACGGCUCUGGUAUCCGUCAUUCGGGUGUGUGGCAGCUCAUCCCUUCGCGCAUUUGUUGGCCGAGCUCAAGAAGGGCCUGGCGAAGCAGAAAAUGAGCUGCUGUCCUGUGUCUCCGAGACCACCGGCGAGCUGUUCAAUGAUACCGGGAUCUCUCGCAUUUUCGGUCGGCCGCGCAUCCUGGAGGUAGUAGUUUGGGAGGAGCAUGACCCCCAGGACAACCAGAGUCGCUGGAAGAUUGGGACUCUGCGAGAUGCGCUUCAACAUGGCGCGUGGGUCCCGGGCAGUGGGAGUUGGAUCCUUGACGAGAAGGGCUAUCUACCGGAGCUUGACAUUCCGAAUUUGUCCUUGAACAAGGGCAUUAAAAGGAGAAGCCAGCUGUGGUUCUACACUGCUGCAGCACUUGGGCUGGUCUUGCAAGUCGGGGUGAUCAUGUAUGGAGCAGUUACUGUUUUCAUUUGCCCAAGUCUUUUCCAAAAGAACGGACGGCCAGUGGAGAGCUACGCUUUCCCACUUUUUAUUUUCGGGACAUUGAUGCUUUGCACAGGCAUGUUCUUCUGUGCAUUCAUCAUCGAACGCUCCUCGAGCGAGUGCUAUCUCCACGCCGAUAGGCCCAUGGUGGGGUUCGUAGCCCAGUUUGUAGGGUUGCGAGGACUCCAUGCCACAGUUAUACUCGCUCAACUUGGAGCAACACUCCUGAUGGCCAUUAUUCGAACAUGCCUUAGAACCAAGCGGAUCGGCCCAGAACAGAACCGAUUCGGUGGGCACGAACGACAGCUUGUUUCAUACAAGAGCCAGGAAUUGGAUUUUUUCGCCUUUCAUCUCGAAAACGCCGAGUCGUUCAGUCUGGUUUCGACUCUAGCGAGGACGCCAUCUUCCUCGUCUCAAAGCAGCUUGCGGUCAUCAAAUGCGACGACAGAAGCCUCGGUUCAGCCAGUAGGCAACGCCACCCGACUCAUAAAGACGAGAACCCGGCUUGCAGAACUCACAUCGGCCAAUGACAGAUGUUCAAGCGCGGCCUGGGAUGACCUUCCCAUUCGGCAAAUAGCGCGAAGCCUUGCAGACGCGAUUGAACAGACCAUGGAUCUUUUGUCAGCCUGGAAAAGUGUCAGAGACGACCAUUUUGCCUUUGAUCUUUCGUUGUUAUGUCAAUCCCAGCACAAAUCUAUUGCUCCGAUAAUGGAAACAUAUACUAUCGCUCUCGAACGCGCUGAUGAUACGCUGCAAUGGCGCGUAAACGAUAAUGAGCUCGAAGCGAUCGUCGGACUAUGGACAUGGUCAUUGUUGAAAUCUGAUCCGAAAUGGCUCCAGGAAGGACUUGGUCGUAUGGUGGGGUUGACCGAGUUUGAGGCACGAGCUCCAGACACGGAUCUAUAUUUUCACAAAUGGAUCUUCCGUCAGACGGAGGCCAGGAUGGUUUCCUCUCGGAUGGUCUCCUUUCCCCAGCAGUUGUUUGGCUAUUAUUCCGACGAAUAUCCCGACGAUAAGGAGAUUCUUGUUGUGAGAACCAAAAAUAAACUCGAAAAGAUGGUCGCCCAGGAUAUAUACAUCCACUUUCUUCGGAGUGCUUUGGAGGGUCUGGCAGAGCUCGGAGGCGAGAUCAACAUGCUGCCUGGUUCUCAGAACAGAUUGGUGGCCCACAACAGCCGGAUAGAUGACAUUGUGGAAUGCUUUGAGUCCAGCGGCCUAGGAUCGAGAGAAGACGCACUACUGUGUGUUGUUCCGAGCUUGCGGAAUCGAGGACUCCUACCAGAGCUUGCUGCCGACUCGCACCCUAUCAGGUUACGUUUGGAAGAGCUUAGCGGUAGCAAGAAGUGGUCCGAGGCUCUAUCGAUUACUUAUUGGUUCUGUGAACGCAGUGCAGGAGAUGAAUUUGAGUAUUCUGCAUACGAGCUAGGAUAUUUAUGCCACCUUGCAAUGAUCGAUCAAGAUGCGAGCACGCAGGCCGAAGGAAUGAAAUUCGUGAAGCUGGCGAUGCAGGGCAACCCAAGAACGCUUUUCUUCAGGAACAUGAAGAACCAGCGUCCUCUGAAUUGGAUGGACACGCCCGAGCAAGCGGGGUUCUGGGCCAGAUUUACGCAACAACUGGGAUGGAUGGUGUGGCAUAUCUCCGAGCGAAAUGGCCAAAAGCAAGUCAUCCGAACGGCUCUGAACCACCAUGGGAUCAACGAGGAAUCUUUACCACUUUCGGGAGACAACGGGAAUGAUGUACAGGAACAAAAGGGCAAGGAAACUGCUGUACGAUGGUUGACAAACAGGGACGAGAACCAAUCACUGUCGACGGAUGAUCAGCUGGCUCUAAGUUGGGCUUGUCGGAAUGGCCAUCAUGCAAUUCUCAACUGGCUCGUUGCCAAAUGGGUCAAUAUUGACAAACUAUGCCAUGGAGCUUACAUAUUCAACUUCAUCAUAUGGGCUGCAGAAGAAGAAUACGAUGUGGCACUUGCAUCUCUCCGUCGGAGAGGAAUUGACCUCGACAUGCAAGGACCAGUGAGCGUGAACUGCAUGACUGCAAUGAUUUUCAGUAUUGCUCUGCAUUCAGACUACAAAGUGGCUCGUGUAUUACUUGCUAACGGGGCACAUGUCGACGCGCCAGACAAGACUGGUAGAACACCGCUAAUGGCUGCCAGUGACGUAGGGCUCUCCGAGGCAGUUCUGCUGUUUCUGGAGAACAACGCCAACGUCAACGCACAAGAUGCUCAGGGAGCCAGUCCAUUGGUAUAUGCUAUCCUUGAGGGACAGUUUAACAUCGCCGAGAUUCUCUUGAAGAACGGAGCGGAUAUCAACUCCCGGGGCAUCACCGGGACCACCCCUUUGAUGGUCGCUGCUGAUGAGAAGGAGGUCGAGUUACUCAGACUUCUACUUUCCCGGGGAGCUGAUGUAAAUGCACAAGAUGACGAUGGGCAGACAGCAUUGAUGAUCACAGCUCAGAAUCAUUGCAGGGAUGGGAUGGUGGCCCUCUUGAAUCACGGAGCCGAUGUGCAUCGACAAACCACGCAGAGAGAGACUGCGCUAGACUGCGCGCAGAAUGCGUGCAACUGGGAGGGUGUUCAAUUGUUGAAGUCGGUGAUUGAAGGACAGGGCGCUUCCUGGCAGUGGGACUUCUCAUAG